AUGUCUAUUCCCUUGGCGCAGAGGUGUACGACACUUUACGAACUGUACGGCGGCACUUUUGUUAGGGGCACUUCCCAGCCUCUGCUCGCGCUCCACCCGCACCCGCCCCAGCAGGCCCAACACGCAGAAGACCAACCAAGACGCACAGACGGGAUAUAUGUCGUAGACCUACCGAGCGAAGUUGGAGAACUGGAAAGUGCGAGCUGGGAACGGCCUUUGAACCUCCCACUCGGCGCGGGGGGAGGGGGGACGGUGGAGGACUUUACGUUGGAUCGGGCGGGGGAUUUGUGGGUUGGGGUUGGGAGGGUUGGGGAAGAAUACGUGAUCCACCUCCGGACUCUCUCCACUGGAGGUGAACAUCCGCUUGCGAGGGUUGGGGAGAUUAGGCAUCGGCGUGGGCGGGGGUAUGCGCCUGCGCCUGCGGAUGCGGACGGGGACGAGGACGCGGACGCGGACGGGAACGCAGAUGGGAACGGGAAUGCUGGUGAGGGGAACGAGGACGGGAACGCAGAUGCUGGUGAGGGGAACGCAAACGCGGAUGGGAACGGGAACCCAGAAGCUCGGACGAGCUAUACGAUGCAGCUAUGUGGGACUUCCCUGGGGAUCUUAUUCCACUAUCCACCCCAGCCUCAUCCCCAGCCGCACCCUCACCCUCACCCCCACGCCGAGCCGCACCCGGACCCCCAGCCAUCCCAAGAACUGCUCAUCUGGAACUGGACCACCAGCACUCUCAGAGCCCAACUCACCCCCGCCGACGCCGACCUAGGGGAAGAGGAAGAGAUGCACUCCUUUUCUUUCCUUGCCGAGGAUGUGGUCAUGCUUGCUAAGACUGGGGUGGGGGAGGCGGGGUUGGAGGUGGUUUGGGUUCCUGAGGCUGCUGCGGGAUCGGGGUCAGCGCCCUCGCCUGGGGAAGGACAACCAACAGCAAGAGCAAGCGCAAAAGCAACAGCAAGCGCAAGAGCAAGAGCACGACAAUGGAAACCGCGGGAAGCGCAAAAGAUAUGCACCUUCCGCCUUCCAAAACUAAGACGGGAAUGGACAUAUACGAGUAUCGUAACUCGGUCUGAUCCUGCUCCUGUUGCUAGGCCGUUUGACACCCUUCCCAUGCCUUCUGGCUCUGACUCUGGCUCUGACUUUGUCUCUGGAUCUGGCUCUGGCUUUGGCUUCGCGUCUGGCUCUGCAGCGCACUUCCGCUCGCGAUCAGAUUCCCAAUCCCAGUCCCAAUCCCAAUCGCGGUACACUCCCACUUCUCCCGGCCGCUCCCGCGCCCCUCCCCCUCUCACACCCCUCACAACCCCCCCACCCCCCUCCGGCGAC